CUGUCAAAGAUACAGUGCAUCGGUCGAGCUUAUUUUAACGCACGUCCAGUAGAACAAAUUCAUCACUCGGUGUUUCACUGUCGAUCGAGCACCUCAUUACAUCAACUCUUGCGUUUGUUCUCAUGAGUUGAAACCACGGUACACCCACACUUAAUUAUUCUGUUAUACCAAGUUUUUUUGAGUUCAUACAACUGAAACUAGACGAUAGCAUAGUUAUCGAUUGGCCAACGGUAGCCCAUAGACGCGUCAAGGCAGCAGAAAGUGCAAUAAUUUGUGAAGAAAAAUUAUCUAAUUUGUUUUUCUGUGAGAAAAUAGUGAAAUAAUUUUUUAAAACCCUUCAUCGAUCCUGUAUCGUGCAUUCGGGAGUUGCUCGAGGGGUGGAAUCCACUCUCAGUGUAACAUAUAUUUUUUAAGUUAAAGAAUAAGAUAAAAAUGAAGGUGGGAUUGUUGAAGAACUUCCUGCACUGCUUCAGCCUGAUGCAGGGGACAAUUCUCAUCGCAAUUUUGCAAUUAUUUAUAUCCGGAAUCGUGAUGACAUUCUUUCUUCUUGCUCUGGCACAUGCGAUGGACAUUCAGGAAAUGGUAGCCAGAGAUUCUGAGGAUGCACUUGAGCGUGAAGCCUUAGAGGAAAUAUCCUCAAUGCACCUCAACACGAAACGAAUGGAUAUUGCUCAUCACAAUGCUACUGAGAAAGUUUACGCCAUGUAUUGUGGACUUGUCAUCUCGGUGUUGCAUUUCAUUGCAACUAUUUUACUGCUCUAUGGAGUUUUACUCAAUAAUCGACACUUUAUGACCCCGUGGCUGAUGAUCAUGAUGACGACCAUCAUUACACUCAUUUUAUCUCUAUUUCUUGUCCAACAAGACUGUCCGUUCAUUGCGAUUCUCGGAGGGAAGGCUGAUAUAACUGAGCGUAUACUCGUGCUUGUCAUGAUCAGCAUAAGCUUGUACAUCUGGUUCGCAGUGUACAGCACCUACAAGAGUUUGGAGUCCAAGAAGGCUGGUUUGAUUCACGAAAUAAAUCCCCUAAAAAAACAAAAAUAUGCGCUAACACCUGGUGAGGGUACGAGCAAUGGAAAAGUUCGCCUCCACCAGGGGACACAAAUUCCUUACGAAGUUUAAAUUUCUUUGUGUCAUCAAUAAUUUAAAAUCAUCGAUUACACAAAUGCCUCUUGAUCAUUCGCCUGGGAAACAGCUUCGCAGGUCCAUUUUUCUCUUAAAUAAGCAAGAAUGUUGCUUUCUUCAUCACAGACCGAUGACCACCAGCACUAGAGAAUCAUCAAGAUGUCAGCGAGUUAUUUUCAUCGAGCAACGGUUGGGAGUAAGAAGUGUGUGCGGAUUGGAGGAUAAUUGAAGAGAAGGCGAUUUUUUUUAUCAGCGCACUUUUUUGGAAAUGAUAAUAAAUCUUUGAUACGCAGAGCAAGACUUGUAAUCACGCACGUAGGCAUAUUUAGAGAAAUGAUAAUAUUUGUAAAAGAAAUGUGUCAUUGCGGAUUAGCUACUGAACAAUCAUUUACACUAAGAUGAAUAAUUUAUUCAUUAUUUUUAAGUAAUGAAGAUAAAAUAUGUUCUUUUGGUUUUUUAUAUGAUUAAGAAACACAUAGGUUUAAGGUUAUUUUCACGUGAUAACAUGAAUUUGUAACACAAAUUAUGGUACAAUGAUUCGUAACGUUUCACAGAUUUUAAUCAUUUAUUUUUUUAAUAUAUUGAUUUUUAUAUUGAAAAUUCUAGGCAAGUUGGCUGAUAGUUUCUUCGUUAAUUUCAUGAAUUAGGUUUGGGUGAAAUUCUUUCAUUCGAAACACUGCCAUAUUUCCUUAUAAUCGGUUAGAAGUGAUUAUAUCUCACCAAACUCAUGGCAAUUACCGCAUUCAUAGAGUAGUCACUUCCUCCUAUGUAUGUGUAUUAUGAGUGUGCGAUUAAACUAUUAAUAAAGCUUGAACGACUCUAAGUUUUUUCUAUUUCGUCGUUAGUCGCGCAAAUAAAUUUUGAGGCUCAAGAGGACACGCAAGUCGAUUUUUAAAAAUAAAAAGUUUUCUUGCUUUCUCAGCAUAACCGACGUGUAAAUUAACAAUGGUAUCUACUAUUUCAGUCA